AAUUUCACCACCAAACUUUAACCCUACACUCCAAACCUCCCAUGCAUAAUUGAUAAUCAACCUCCUAGACCUUCGCUUUUUCAGAGAAUCAGAGUGUAUAUAUAUAUAUAUGUAUAUAUAUAUAUAUAUAUUCUGUUGUUUUUGUCCACUAAAUCAUCGCUCACUCUCUGAUCUCUCACUUUUGAAUCAAACUUCAUACCAUGGAUGACCUAAUCAUCUCUCCUUCUUCAUCUUCUUCCUUGGUGUCUCUCCCACAUGAGCCAACCCUACAACAGAGGCUGCAGUUCAUACUCCAAAGCCAGCCGGAGUUGUGGUCCUACGCCAUUUUCUGGCAGGCUUCAAACGACGUCGAAAAUAGCCGACUCCUUCUCGGUUGGGGAGACGGCCAUUUUCAGGGCCCCAAGGACCCAUCACCCGACCUCAACAACAGCCUCUCCUCCUCGGGGAUAGAGCUCCAUUCCGACAGAAGAAAAAUCAUCAAGGGCAUACAGUCCAUCCUCAACGACAACAGCAACAACAACUUGCAUUUGGAGCUCGACAUGGACAACUUCAUGGCCCUAAACGGCGACGUCUCCAACGCCGAGUGGUUCUAUGCCAUGUCCUUGACCCGAUCUUUCACCGUUGGGGACGGCUCUGUCCCCGGCAAGGCUUUUGGCUCCGGGUCCUUCGUCUGGCUGAGCGGGGCACACGAGCUUCAGUUCAACAGCUGUGAGAGAGCCAAAGAGGCCCAAAUCCACGGGAUCGAGACCUUGAUCUGCAUCCCGACAUCCGACGGUGUUCUUGAAAUGGGUUCCUCCGGUUUGGUCAGAGAGAACUGGGGGUUGAUCCAGCAAGCGAAGUCCUUAUUCGGGUCGGAUCAGCCGUACCCGGAGACAAGACCGCUCGAGUUUAUCAGCAGGAACUUCUCAUUUGCCGACAUCGGCAUCAUUGCCGGCGUGCAGGAAGAGGAUCACAGCUCGUACAAUGACGACAAGACACAUGUUAAGGGUUAUAACAAGAGGAAGAACAACGCAGCUCCGAACCCAAACCCGACAGACUUUGCUGAUUCCGACUUUCAGCUGAAGAGAACACCGAAGAAAAGGGGCCGGAAACCCGGGGUGGGGAGAGACACGCCGCUGAACCACGUGGAAGCGGAGCGGCAGCGGCGGGAGAAGCUCAACCACCGGUUCUAUGCGCUACGUGCGGUAGUCCCCAACGUGUCGAGAAUGGACAAGGCGUCGCUGCUGUCCGAUGCCGUGUCGUAUAUCAAGGACCUGAAAGUCAAGGUGGAAGAGCUGGAGUCGAAGCUGCAGAGGGAGUCGAAGAAAGUGAAAGUGGAAAUGGCGGACAACCUGGACAACCAGAGCACCACCACCACCGCCUCCGUGGAGCAAACACAAACAGUAAGUCUGGAUGAUAACAACAACACCAACAAUGGGUCGGGUCUUGAAAUUGAGGUGAAGAUAGUGGGCACGGACGCCAUGAUUAGGGUUCAAUCGGAGAAUGUGAACUACCCAUCUGCGAGGUUGAUGACGGCGAUGCGUGACCUAGAGUUCCAUAUCCAACAUGCGAGCUUGUCAAACAUUAAUGAUCUUAUGCUUCAAGAUAUUGUGGUGAAAGUUCCUGAUAAUAUGAAAAGCGAAGAAGGUCUCAAGGCUGCUAUACACGGAAUAUUAGAUCAAAACUAAGCUUCAUUUCUUAAUUAAUGGGUACGUAUGGAUAUAUAAUCAAUUCCAGUUCUCUUUUGUGUUGUUUUGUAAAAUACUAUGUAGAGCUCGAUCUUCUAAUAUUAUAGGUCGGAAUGUGUUACGAAAUAUAAUGUCUUCGCUAGGGUGUCGUCUAGAUUCAUAAUAUAUUGUGUUUCAUGUCCUUGAA